AUGUCCAAUGAACUUAUUCAAAUAGAAACGCCAUUCCAGUUUUCAGAGGAAAAUCAGCGGGAGUUUGAUAAACUGAUUCAGCGCUAUCCGGUGAAGGAAGCUGCAAUGCUGCCCGCACUGCAUCUAGCACAGAAACAGGCAGGUUAUAUCAGUCCUGCCGUGAUGGAGCAUGUCGCUGAACUGUUGGAAUUGCCGGUGAUGAAGGUUAAAGAUGUGGUAACAUUUUACCCAAUGUUCUUCGAGGAACCUGUCGGUAAAUAUGUUAUCCGCGUUUGCUACACACUCCCCUGUGCGUUGAGAGAUUGUAAAUUGGUGCUGGAGCAUAUCAAACAAAAAUUCGACAUAGAUGUUGCUUCCGAAACAGACUUGGCAAAAGGAACCACGCCAGAUGGGAAAUUUACCUUACUGAAAUCAGAGUGCCUAGCAUCUUGCGAUGUGGCACCUGUCGUAAUGGUUAAUGAUGACUUGUAUAAGAACCUCACUCCGGAAAAGAUGGAUGAGAUUUUGGAUGGCUUAGAGUAG